CCCAACCAGUCACAUGACCGUCAGCUGACAACGUGUAGUAGGAAGCCGCAAACAGACGUGGUAAAGUUUGAAGUUACGGUGUUCACCCGUGUCAUUUCGUGUCAUUAAACGUUUCUGUAGCGUUUUAAAAAGACGUCAGGACCAGGCCGGUUUUUGAACGUCGUUUCUUUCAAAAAUAUUUCCUCUGAGGCGAAACAAAAGUGCUGGCAGAUCCCGUAGUCCAAACAGGUUGCAGAGAGAGGAAGUGCCUUUCAGACCAGAUGUCCUCCUCUUCUUCUGUCACCCUAAACACAGGGGUUCAGAUGCCCCUCCUGGGUUUGGGGACCUACAAGUUGCGGGGACCUGAAGAAGUGUAUCGGGCUGUGGAUGCUGCUCUGUCUGCUGGUUACCGGGCCUUUGACAGCGCAGCCGUCUACCGGAACGAGGCCGACUUGGGCCGAGCGCUGAGGGAACUCCUGCCUAAACAUGGCUUAGCCAGAGAGGAUGUGUUCAUAACCAGUAAGCUGGGACCGAAGGAUCAAGGUGAGCGGGCCAUGGACGGUGCCCUCCACAGUCUGGCUCAGCUGGACUUGGGUUACAUCGACCUCUAUCUGAUCCACUGGCCGGGCACACAGGGCCUGGUGGUGGCUGACAAACACAACCCAGGCAACCGAGCUCAGAGUUGGGCCACGCUGGAGGAGCUGCAUCGCCAGGGGAAGCUUAAGGCCAUAGGAGUGUCCAACUACACCCCAACACACAUGAGGGAGCUAAUGCAGAGCUGCAAAGUCCCUCCUGCAGUUCUACAGGUGGAGUUUCACCCACGGCUGUGCCAGUCAGAGCUGAGGAGUGUCUGUAAGGAGUACGGAGUGUGCUUCCAAGCGUACUCCUCCCUGGGGCAAGGAGAGCUGGUCACUGAUCCUGCAGUAAUGGAGGUGGCAAAGAACUGCAAACGCACACCUGCACAGGUUUUAUUGCGCUGGGCGGUGCAGCAGGGCGUCCCGGUGCUCCCCAAGUCAUCAAACCCGGACAGGAUACAGGAGAAUGCCAGACUUUUUGACUUCAGCCUGAAAGACCCAGACAUGGACAGACUGUCGUCUCUGGACUGUGACCACAAGUACUGCUGGGACCCGUCCGAGGUGGCCUGAAACACAAACUGGGACAGAAACUCUAUCCUCCAUGAUGGCUGCUGUGUGGGGAAUUACACAUGCAGCUUAGGUUUUUAAGCCAUACAUACUCAGAUCAACUACUGUUAUUACUGUUGCCCGUAUUCCACAAUACACUGAGAGCCUUUUCAGUCAGUAUUUACAGGCUUUAUUGCCUGAUGACUUACUCCUGUUUACAAAUCUCUUCUUGUGCCAUCAUUUUAAGACUUAAUUCCACAUUCAUCACAAUCUCUUGCCUCACUGUUUCUUUUCAAGUCUUUUCAUGUUCUCUUCGAAUUACUACAAUCUUGUAAUGAGCAGCUUCAAAAUCGUCAAAACCUCCUCUGCUUUAAAGAAAUACAACGAAGCGGAUCUCCUUUAAAACCACUCUUAAAAUUAUUUAUUCACAACAGCAUAUACCAGAGGUUUCACAGCUGUAGAGAAAAUACAUUUACAAAAGUCAUUAAAAACUGAAAAAGAAUAAUAGUAAUAAAAAAAAAGGAAA